ACUUUGGGACAUAUGUGUGAUCUUGGAAUAGCCACCACAUUCCAGUUCUAGGAGUUAAUCAGGAACAGACUGAGGUAUUCUAUCAUCGUCGGAAGCCUUGGCCGUAUGCCUGACUCCACAUGGAAAGUUCUAAAGUGAGUAUCUAGUUGCCACUGGGGAGCACCCCAGUUAGGAAGACAUUGGCCCUUUGUCGUGUGAUGUGGAAUCCAAAGCAAAAAGCAGCCCCCGUAAGGUUGCUGUUUGUAGUCAGUCGCUCCGCGUGGGCAGGUGUGGGAAGCUCCUUCUCGUCUCGCAGACUGAGGACAAAAGAACAGAAGGAGCCCUGUGUGAAAUGCAGCAAAGGGGUGUUCGGAGGCCGGCCAGGCCUGCCAGGCCAUGGGAAACCUCUACCACGAUGCGUGCUUCACCUGUGCGGCCUGCAGCCGGAAGCUGAGAGGAAAAGCCUUUUAUUUUGUCAACGGCAAAGUGUUUUGCGAGGAGGACUUCCUGUACUCCGGGUUCCAGCAAUCUGCCGACAGGUGUUUCCUUUGUGGACAUCUGAUCAUGGAUAUGAUCCUGCAGGCCCUCGGGAAGUCCUACCACCCCGGCUGCUUCCGCUGCGUCAUCUGCAACGAGUGCCUGGACGGGGUGCCCUUCACCGUGGACUCCGAGAACAAGAUCUACUGCGUCCGAGAUUACCACAAGGUGCUGGCCCCCAAGUGUGCAGCCUGUGGGCUUCCCAUCCUUCCACCCGAGGGCUCAGACGAGACCAUCCGCGUCGUGUCCAUGGACAGAGACUUCCACGUGGAGUGCUACCACUGCGAGGACUGCGGCCUGGAACUCAACGACGAAGACGGCCACCGCUGCUACCCCCUGGAAGACCACCUGUUCUGUCACUCCUGCCACGUCAAGAGACUGGAGAAGAGCCCCUCCCCUGCAGCUCUCCACCAGCACCGCUUCUAGCCGGAGCCUCUUCCAGACCUCGCGUUGGCGACCAGAAGCCAGCGUCGCAAAGCCAGACAUCUGCCUGCUAAUUCCAGUGGCCCCACGGGGUGGUCGCGGGGGUGGGGGGGUGGGGAGGGGGGCCAGGCAGGUAAGUUUCUGUAUACGCGUAGGGCGCCGCUCCUUCAACCUCCCUGUCUGGUAGGUGUUACUUUCCAAGUGCCUUUCUCCACUGCCCCGCCCUCAUCGGAUUACUCAGGAAGAUACUCUAGCAGGUGCAUGGCGUGUGACACCCCAUGGUGUCCCUCUGGGCCCCUCUGGGAACAGCUCGUGCUUUAGAGGGAAAAGUUUGCGCUGAGCGUACUUCUCGGUGUCCUCUGAGGAGGGCUCAGCUGCCGAUACCUUCAGCCCCUCCCUGUCCCUUUAGGAAAGCACCCGCACCAGACAUUACCCCUGGUGCCCCCCCCCCGCCCACGCACACGACAUGAUUUGAGACUGCACCCUCGACACGCACACGCAGCGUUAUGGGAGAUGUCUCUCCGCCCCAGAGACUCCGCUCUUCUGUCGGAUGGCUGCAGAUUUUAGCCGCAUUGUGGCGAGAGGGGAGCUGUGCCCGUGCUCUGUGUCCGAGGAAGAACGGCUUGGGAAACCGGAGCCGAGUUGUGGACUGAGCGAGCCGGGGUUCCCUCCUCAUACGCUGACAACGUCUUGCCUGCGCCUGCAAAUCUUCACUCCCCGACAGGCAGCCGGGAGCCCGGGCGGAGGUUUGCCCCGUUCGAUAGCGAGGCGUGUUUGGGACGAGAACUUGGGUGCGGGUACCAGGCGUCCUUUGCCCUCCUGUUUGCACCGUCCUCCUCUGGAGCUCUCAAGAGUCUGGGGCUUUGGGGUCGCUCCCACAGAGGCAAGUCUCAGGAUCCCGUGUGGGGACAUCUCUGUGCCUGUCGUAGCUUAUCUAACCACGGGCUUUGGGGAGGCCUUGCCCAUGUGCUGAGAGCUGGCGCAUACACGAGGAGACUGUGUGUGUGUGUGUGUGUGUGUGUGUGUGCGCGCGUGUGUGUGUGACAGUGACAUCUCCAGCCAGCAUGAGACGGAGAGCCUCAGGAAAAAUCACCAUGUUCGUUUUCCACCGUGUCUCGUCUGUCUCUGGCCCAGUGCUUGGCUCGGGCGUGGCCUGCGAAGAAACCCGCAGAAGGUACACUGCUUCGGUCUGUUUCUUUUCUUGUUUUUCGUUGUUUCUCUCUGCUGGCGGUCUUCCACGCACACAAAAAUACCUCACAGGUCGGGGCUUCACCAAAUCGCACGUCGGGAGGAACUCGGCCGUCACGCUGAACUCAGAGAUGCCUCCGUGGGUGCGUGAGGGGUCUCGGCCUCCACGCGGGCCAGACUCCCGCGGGUCAGGGCGCUGUGAUCUCAGCUGAAGGUCAGCUGAGAGUGGAUCCAGUUGAAUGUGGGUGCUGUUGCCUGACGCGUUUCAUCAUGUCGGUUCCCCGGGGUGGCGAGGGGCUAAGGGAGGGCCGCACCCGGGCAGGAUUUCAGGGCCACCUGUGCGCUGACGUGUCACACUCCUGAGGCCAGACGUCAGUACGCCCGGUAUUUCAAUGAAGAGGCGGUGUAAAAAACUUAAAAAAGGAGGUUGCCUGCCGUUCGCCCUCUCGGCCCGUGGGGAGGGCCCCCUGGCCUCGGUGUUGUUGCCGGAGGUCGGGGGUCACGUCACUGCUGCCAGCUGGUCUGGGAGUAUUGCCCUGGCACCCGCUCACCACCGCCUCCCCGCCUCGCACCCAGGGCAGCAGGGGCCACGGAGGGCGGUCACCGGAGCCCGAGGCCCACGGGACUCGCAGACUUUACAGUGGGCCCGGCUCCAGUUCUGCGCCGUGUUUUGACCCGUUUCGGGGGCAGUUGCUACAGGAGGCACAGAAUGGGCACCGUGAGUUGCCUCCUAUGUUUAUUCAGUUCGUUCUGCUAGAAUCCUUUGGUCAGAUGUCCCUUCAGCCCAGGCUGCGUGCUCUCAUCGAUCCCAUCCCACAGGCCGAGCCUCCAGAAGCCUGGUGCCGCGUGGGGCCGGGGGUGGGGAGAGAACCCCUCUCUUCCCAGCUGGGCCCAGGAAGCCAGCCGAUGUGCCUUGUCUUUGCCAACCGAGGAACGUCUCUGGCCUUGCUGACACCCCUUUGCUCUGAUUGCAAGUCGGGCAGAAAGUGAAGAAAACUGCCUGAGAGCGACUGUCAAAAGCAGGGAUGUGUGUGCAAAGUGGGUGACUAGGUUAGUUUAAAAAAAAAAAAGUCUCGGGAUUAAAUUUUUUAAUUGGGAUGUUUUAAGUGGCCUUGAUGGACGUGAUUGGGACAUCUGCCAAAACGGGGUUUUAUAGCGUUAAGGAAGGACAGUAAGAGAAUUCUCAGGUACCCUAGAAGUCCGAGCAGCAAGUUCUCUUGUGGUCCGGGGCCCCGGGGGCGGGGGCGGGGGGGGCGCGGGUAGGAAUCUCGCACCAGUUCUGCUUCUCGGGCUCUUGCGCGAGAGCCGUGAAGAGAUGGUCGCCUGGGCGGUUAUCUCUACGUGGUUCUGUAAGCUGUUAGCCAAACAGAGUUGUAAUGGGGUUGUAUUUAUAGGCACCUAGAAAGAAGACACAAGCACCUGGUAAACCAGGAUGAAUCCAUUUAUUUGAACAGGUAGAGCGCGUAGCCCUUCCUGAGUUCCCUAGAUAGCUCUUGGGCUUCAGAUAAACCAGGAGAAUUAAGGUUUGAUCCCAGACCCCAAGGCCAGCCUCCGGCCUCCUCCCCUGCCUCAUUUUGCCGUUAGUUGUUUUCUUCCCCACCCCCUGCCCCUUCCCCAGCGAGGGCCAUUCAGAAACCGCCAGGGUGGUCCGAGAAAAGCCAAGAACGUAGUUUGGCCUGCUGUUCCCCCUCGCGGUUACUCUCCCACCUGUCGGUGGGUAAAGAGUGCUUUGUUCAUCCCUCAUCGCGGAAGCGCGUCUCAUCCCGUCUGGGUAACCGCCUGUACGUGGCAGCGGGGUGUCCCCCUUUCUCCGAGGGCAGUGCUCCGGUGCAAACCUCGCUCAGCCGAAUCGACCGAGGUUGUGCUGUUGAGUCCUGGGCGGCGAAUGCCGUAGGGAGUUCUGAUCGCCGUCACCCGCCGCCAUCACCCUGUGGCCGUGGGCUGCAGCCACACUCACACGAGGAAAGAUGUCAGGACCUGAGAGAAUGACUUGGAACCCCCCACCCUUGGCAGGCUGGUUUGUGCGGGCCAUUUCCCGCGCGUGGGGAAGUGUGGCAGCCGUGAUGCCUGCCGGCUCCCUCGAAACCACGUGUGCGAGACUUGACCCCAAAUCCGCCUUGUUGCUGGAUGCACCUGUCACGGCUCUGUCCGCCUUUGUGCCAGGAAUACGUUCUAACUCCCAGGUGACUUGAAGUCAGUCUUAAAAGUAAUGGGCUAAAAUGAGUAAAAUACAGUAGCUAUUUGUUCUGAGCCGGAGCUGGACAGGUGUGGGAAAUUUCCGUGUAGUGUAUGAAGAUUUCACCGUGCGGGGAAAUGAUUUUCCGCUGUAUCUCGUCUUCUACGAUAAAAAAAAAAAAAAUUCUUCAAAAUUGUACCGUUGCUGUAAGAGGAUUCAAAAUAUUGUUACUGCAGAGUCCUUCUUCAAAAUUGUACCGUUGCUGUAAGAUGAUACCAAACAUCAUGACAAUAAACUGCAUCAAUUUGUAGCCUAUUAAAGUGCCCUCCAACAUGA